AUGGCCGACGAACGCACCUACAAGUUCAACAUCACCAUGAGCUGCGGCGGCUGCUCGGGCGCCGUCAACCGUGUGCUCGGCAAACUUGAGGGCGUCAAGAGCUACGACGUCUCCCUCGACAAGCAGGAGGCCCUCGUCGUCACCGAGCCCGGCCUCGACUACGAAACCGUCCUCCAGACCAUCGCCAAGACCGGCAAGAAGGUCAACAAGGGCGAGGAGAUCACGAGCGGCGGCGCGGCUCCGAGCGCCCCCGCUGAGCUGUAA